AUGAACCUUGAUGCUCAACGAAUAGAUCGAAUCCUUGUGAUUUCUCGAUUGAUAUUUAUUUUAAUAAUCAUAUUUACUAGUUCCUGUCAUGGUUGGCAUAAGACAUUGACAUUUGUCCAACAAUCAUCUUAUGAAUCAAAUAUUGAUGAUCGAAAUCAAAUAAUCCUAUCGGAUAUGAAAUUUUUUCAAUGGUAUCAUUCUUAUGCUAUAUAUGGUGCACGUGAAACAUUGAUUUUAUUAAAACCUAUUUUGAAUAAUUCUUCUGUUGAAAUUUUAUCGUACAAUUGGUUUGUUGAUCCUGUGACUAUGGAUGAAUGCCUUCAAGAAUGGGAUAUCAAAGAAAAAUGUUAUAAUGAUAUUGUUCAUGUUCGAAUUUCUUCUGAUGACACGAAAAUGAACGUGUAUUGUACAUAUGCUCAUCGACCUAUGGUUCGAACAUUUGAUUUACAAUCCAUGUCCUUUCUUAGUAAAUAUACACUUACACGUGAUCCACAUCCUCCGAUUGACUCCGACAGUUCAUAUGUCAUGUUAACUUUCAACACGAAUAUUGUUACAGCUGGUUAUCAAGGUGAUUAUUUCCCGACAAUACGUGAUACGCACGGGAAAACAUUGCUGUAUGCCUUGAGACAAAAUUCGUAUUUUAUCGGUGGUUUUAAGUAUGAUGGUAAAGCAGUAUUUGGCGUGAUCGAAACUUCAGAAAGAUCUGAUACAAAUCGCGUUUCUCGCUUGGUAAUGGCAUGUGCUAAUCGAGCAGAAGUUGUACGAAAAGCAAUUCUCAAUUGUUCAACGGAUAUGUUUGAUCGAUCCCAUUCAUUUGUCUUUCAUAUAUUAACUGCUCUAGUCGAUCCGAUUCAUACAUCAAACAAUUCAACAUUACUUUUCGCCACAUUUACUACGAAUAAUUCAUCAAUCACAGCAUCGGCUGUGUGUUUAUUUGUAUUGGAUAAACAAUUUUACGACGUUUUCACAGCACCAUCGAAAUCAAUGACAAGAAGAACGUCCAUAAUUAACAACGAACUCAACGAUCUCAUUCGAACUUGCAGUCCAUCGAUUUCAUCAACGAUCGAUCGUGAUAUGAUCGAAUCAGAUAAACAAUUUUCAUCCUACUUAUCUAAUCCAUUAUUAAUUGAGUCAAUGUCUACAUCAACAUUUUCAGCGAUAAAUGUUAUCCAAUAUGAUAAUGAUCACUAUUGUUUAAUUAUCGGCACAAGUAAUGGACAUCUAUUCACCGCAUUUAUGGAUCAAACCUACAAGACGAAUGUAUACGAAGAAUUAAUAUUACCCAAAACUAUGCGUUAUGCAAUCAAAUCGAUUACUUAUGAAAAAGUUGAUGAGUAUUCGUAUGCAGUUAUUAUAACUAAUCAUCGAGGAUAUUUGGUUCUUAAACUGGUUCAAUGCGAUGAAAAAUUUUGUCUGGAUUGUUGGACUACAGAUUGUUUCAUUCGGAAGAUUUCGUCUGUCAAUACAACAAUUGCGGAACGUUGUACAAUGAAUCAGAACCUACGAGUAAUCAUAAAUAAUGAUACUGCAGAAGAUGAGAGUAACAAUCAUUCACUAUCGUAUGAUUGGCCGGUAACGAAUAAAAGUUCAGACGAUCAAUCGAAUAAUAAAUUACUAUUAUACAUUGUUGUUCCAAUGUCGUUCAUAGUUUUUGUUUUAUCGGUUUUGAUCAUUAUACUUCUAACGAAAUCGAAUCGUAAACAGCGUCGACAACGAAAGUUUCCUCAUAAUCAUCAUGAGAAAACGAAACAAUUAACAUCAACUCCGAUCAACGAUUCGUAUACUUAUUCAAAUAAUGUUCUCUAUCGGACAAAUAAUGAUGACUUACCUAAUAAAUCUGAAUUAUCUAUUCAUCCUAUAUCUUAUACCGUGUAUUCAACAUCAUCAGCACAUAGUUUACCCCCAUUGGUAUCAUCUGUAUCUUCGACACCACCUUUGAUUCCUCAUCCGAAAGCCUCUCAAUCACUUUCAGUUCAUCGUUUAUAUAAAAGUUAUGUUUAA